ACUCAGGUCUAAUAUUACUCUUUGUCUAAUGAUCUGAAACCAUUCAGUGUGACAAAAUAUGCAAUAAUUGAGGAAAUUGGGGCGGGGGAAUCCUUUUUCACUGCAUUGUAUAGAGAUCUUGCCUGCAUGGGGUCAGCAGUCAAGUUGAAUGACCAUUAACAAGCAGCCUUGUCAUUGUGGUAGUGUACACCCCAGGGGCAUAGCUAUUCUGGGCCCCCUGACAGAAUAUUACUCUGGGCCCCCUUUUUUUAAUAAAACAAAUAGAUCUUUUUCAAUUUUUUUAUUUAUCUGUGCCCCUAGAAUCUUCACCGUUUUUCACCUGACAGCCCUGGUUCACCCACAAGCAUGCUUGUAAUUACAGCACCUUGCCUCUGGUCUUAAUUUCAUUAAUUUUCUCAUUAAGAAAAAAACUCCAUAGCCACAGUGUGCUGUUCUCAUUACUAUUGGAUUAUACAUUUCAUAAAUUUUAAUUAUUCUGGUUUAGUAAAUCCCCCGAAACAAAAUGGCUGUCGAAUGAAAAGAACAUUCUUUGCUAAAUCGUUUGAAUGAACUUUUCAACUGAAACCCAAAUUGUAACUAACAAGCUGUCAAACUUCAACUUUAAAUGUUGUUUUAAAUUAAGGAGUUACAUCUUUAAUAUGCCAUUUUCCCCCUUGCAAGUUUUAUUUUGAGUGGAUACUAGGAAAUAAUAUUUCUUGUGCAGACCACCACGGGAUGGUUUGUGAUUUUGGGGCUCUAAUAUUAUUAGUGCUAUAAACUGGAUUUUGGAAGACAAAUUUAAGGAGUGGAUGCAAUUUGUUGACAGUCCUAAAGCAUUAGAAUAAAAAAGGCAGGGCACUCCUCCGUGGUCAUGAAAGACGAAUACUUCACGAAUUCCCCAAUAGGUGGCGCUACACUGCUGUCAUUCACACUAUACAGUUUGAUGGAUUUUUGGUUUAUCAAUUAGUCAUAAUCAAUACGAUAGCUCCACCAGUUUUCGAGUUCAUAAAGAAUUAUCCAUAUUUGAACACUGAGGGGGGAGGGUGUUAUAUUGAUGCACUUAAACGAAGAAUUGCUUAUUUCAGCUGUGCAGCUAUUUUAAUGAGAUAACUAGUUAUAUGAGCAAACAUGGGGAAAUAAAAAAACACCAUUUAUUUUAUGUUGCCUCCGGUUUUAUUGUACUAUAGUAAAAACUAGUCUACAUAAUGCACAUCAGGGAAGGUCAAUUGGCCAUAGUAACUAUGACAACGGUAGGCCUAUGUUACUUUCAUACCUUUUGCACGAACUGCAGAGACUGAAGGAAAGAGAGAAUUUGGCGCGGAAAAGGCUGCUUGAGAAGAAACGAGCAUCAGCACCAAGGCACUCCGACCGUCAGUCAUCUAAAAUGGCAACUAAUGGUAUUCAGGUGAAGGAGCUGGACAGGCGCCCCUCAGGCCAGGCCUUCGAGGUCAUCCUGAGCCCCUCCUCAAGGGGAGACUUCCCCCUGUCCACCCCCAAGAAGAAGGACCUGUCUCUGGAGGAGAUCCAGAGGAAGCUGGAGGCAGCUGAGGAGAGGCGCAAGUCCCACGAAGCCGAGGUCCUGAAGCACCUGGCCGACAAGCGCGAGCACGAGAAGGAGGUGCAGCAGAAGGCCAUGGAGGAGAGCAGCAACUUCAGCAAAAUGGCGGAGGAGAAGCUCAACCAGAAGAUGGAGGCCAACAAGGAGAACCGCACCGCGCGCAUGCAGGCCAUGAACGACAAGUUCAAGGAGAAGGAUAAAAAACUGGAAGAGGUUCGACGGAACAGAGAAAACAAAGACGAAGAACAGAGAUGAACUGUAAAUUGUUCUGGGGGGGGUUGAAAUAUGAGUUCUUUUUAAAUUUCCAAAUAGCCCCCCCCCCCCCUUUUUUUUCAUGGCCAGUAUUUCUUCGUCUUGGUUUUGUUCGCUGCAGAACUUGCCAGAAAAGGAGGAUUUAGUGAAUUGUCUUCCUUGUCUCCCAGUAUGCUCAAGAAGGUUUGUCAGUGUAGAUUUUACUUGUCACGUUGCAGCAGUUUUCUUGUUGUUUGCCAGCUGUCGUUUGAGCGUUUGAGCCUUUUUGAAAUUUUCACAACUUUUAUCCAUGAGAAAGCGUUCUUAACCUUAUCCAUUGCAGGGUGCAAGUUGGUACUAGAGCUGAAUAAAGUGGCACAGGGUAUCUAUUUUGAAUUCGCUGUACUGUAAAUUCCAGUAUGUUACAGCUAUGUCAUGAUUAAAUAUUCCACUCUGCUGAUU